AUGGUGAAUCCUCCUUUGGUGCGAAAGCUUUACAUUGUGUACUUGGGAGAGAGGAAGCAUGAAGAUCCAAAUCAUGCCACAGCUUCGCAUCAUGACUUGCUAACGUCUAUUCUUGGGAGUUACAAGCAUGGCUUCUCGGGCCUUGCAGCUAUGCUCACAGAAUCUCAAGCAGCGUUACUAGCAGGUUCAAAAAUUUUGCAGAGUAAUAUGGGAAGGAUAUGGCCUGAAUCGAAGAGCUUUAAUGAUGAUGGAUAUGGCCCCAUACCCUCACGGUGGAAAGGAAUAUGCGAGGUUGGAGCGGCAUUCGACACAAAUAAUUGCAGCCGGAAGAUCAUCGGAGCUCGAUACUACACUGCUGGGAUCAGCGAGAGGAACCUCAAGAACGAUUUCUUGUCCCCCCGGGAUGCCAACGGCCAUGGCACCUUCACGGCCUCCACGGCUGCCGGCUCCAUCGUGGAGAACGUAAGCUUCCACGGGCUCGGCGCCGGUGUGGCAAGAGGCGGUGCGCCCCGUGCCCGGCUGGCCAUCUACAAGGCAGUGUGGGGAACCGGGAGGGGCCGCGGAGCCGGUAACAGCGCAACGGUGCUCAAGGCCAUAGAUGACGCUAUUCAUGAUGGGGUGGAUAUCCUAUCCCUAUCGCUUACGGUGGACGAGGAGUCAUUUGGUUCGUUGCAUGCCGUGGCCAAAGGGAUAACAGUGGUGUAUUCGGCCGGGAACCAAGGCCCCAUGCCUCAGACCCUGUCAAACACCGCCCCUUGGGUCAUAACAGUGGCCGCCAGCACAAUCGACCGGUCUUUUCCUACUGUUAUUACCCUUGGAGACCAUCAGAGUUUUGUGGGCCAAUCCAUCUUCUACAGCUCCACCAAAGACCACCCCAAGAGCAAAUUCAAGCCACUAGCUUAUGGCGAUAGCUGCACUGAGAAUUCGUUGAAUGGAACGAACCUAGCUGGAACAAUUGUCCUGUGCGUGGCCGCUUUGGUCUCACCAACAUCUCUAUUCUCUGUAGCACUCUCCAAUGUUCUGAAAGCUGGGGGUGAGGGACUGAUUUUUGCACAAUACACCACCAAUUUCCUCGUAACGACCCAAGGUUGUGAAGGCAUACCUUGUGUUCUAGUCGACUUUGAGACAGCAAAUCAGAUCUUCAAUUAUAUAGACAGUGCAAGUGAUCCAAUGGUGAGUGUAGAGCUGACGCGCAAUGUUGUAGGGAAAGAGGUUUUGUCUCCAAAGGUGGCAGCAUUUUCUUCGAGAGGUCCAGCGAUUCUGUUUCCCGGUUUGCUCAAGCCUGAUAUUGCUGCACCUGGAGUCAGCAUCUUGGCAGCGAGAAGGAACUCAUAUAUGUUUGGUUCAGGAACCUCAGCAGCUUGUCCGCAUGUAUCAGGAGUGGUAGCUCUGCUAAAAUCCCUGCAUCCUGAGUGGUCUCACGCUGCCAUAAGAUCAGCACUCGUGACCACAGCAUCCAUUACCAAUGGAUUUGGCAUGCCAAUACAAGCAGAGGGACUCCCAAGGAAGAUUGCCGAUCCUUUCGACUAUGGGGGAGGCCAUAUCGAUCCAAACAAAGCUGCUGACCCUGGCCUUAUUUAUGAUAUCAAUCCAAAAGACUACUACAAGUUCUUCAAUUGCACUUUAGCACCAUUUCAGAUUUGUGGCUCAGAGCUAGAACCUCUGUAUUACCUAAACCUCCCCUCCAUCGCCAUUCCAAAUCUCAAAGAUACCGUGACAAUUUGGAGGACUGUUACUAAUGUGGGUAAGGUUGAUGCUAUAUAUGAAGCUGUUCUCCAACCUCCACCAGGUGUUCAUAUGCUUGCAGAGCCUUCGACCCUUGAGUUCAAUGCCGAAAACAAGAUGCGGACCUUUAAAGUAACCUUCACGUCCAUUCACAAAGUGCAAGGCGACUACAUGUUUGGGAGCUUAACUUGGUGGGAUGGAUUUCAUUCGGUAAGGAUUCCAAUUGCUAUUCGUGUGGUGAUCGAGGACUUCUAUGCGGAUACUGCAUAGAAUUGACGUGAGGGGAGAGUAAUAAAUGAGUAUCUCUGCUCUGUAUCAAGAUUAAUGAGAUAUAUAUAUUCUGUUGCUACUGUUACCUGUGCGCAUAGAAGUGAGCUAAUGCUACUUGCCAUCAGCCCUUUGUAGAAGAUUCAUGAUCUUCUAAGACGCCAGUAAUCUUGAUAGAUAUGUAUGAGAGCUUAUAGUACAUUAAAGAUCCUAUUAGAAUCCAAUGCACGUGUAGAGUUGAUGUUAUGAUAAUGCACAAAUAGUUAAUUGGAUAUGAAUAUUAAUGUUUUAUUAAGGAUCUCUAACAAUGCCAUUAAGAUCCAGCUUAACAUUCAGACCUCUUGGAGAUGCCAAAAAUUCCAAGCCUCAAGAAGAGCUGGGGAUCAGAUAGUUGCAGCCUUGUGCUGGGAAGCUCAUCAGUUUAUAGGAUCUUCCUGAGGAAAAGCUCAUCUGCUUAUGCAGUCUUGCAAAAGAUCUUCCAGAUUGUAUCAGAUGCAGGAGAAUCUCUGUUCCAAGAAAAUGCAAGAGGGACACUCCAUAUUGUGGAACAAGUCGAAGU